AGGAACUCGGUGGCGAGCACAGCUCUGCUCCCGGACCUGUCAAGUCAGAUUCGUGUAGAUCCAGAGGAUCAAACCCAGGCUCCGUAACCAGCAGCGAGCUCUGAGCGCAACCCAGAUGUGCCCGGAGCAGCAGCUCCUCUGUGUGCCGAGAAACGAGCCCAGAACACCUCCUCUCCAGGAAACUUGUAGGGACAGACUCGGCUGAACCGAAGGGCGCAAAGUGUCUCAACACGUGAUGGGAGCUGACCACGGCGACCCCUGGUUCACAGUGACUCGCUGAGACUUAAUCAAAAGUCAGCGUUAACUGCCCUCAUUUCCCUACCAGGAGGUCAAAAAUUAGGAGAGGAGGGUGCCAGAUUGGAUUGAGAGUGAAUGCCAGCAAAUGAUGCGCCUCGCGCGCCCAGGUCACCCUCCCCCACGUGCGCACAUCCCCAGCGACCCCUCCCCGGGAAGCCUAUGAGGCCGCGCCGCAAAAGAAGAGGGAGGAUUAUACAUCUUGAAGUUGGAAAAGACUCAGACCCGGUUACCCCUUUCUUUGCUGCUGAACUUUUCAUUUUGGUCCCCUGCAGGCGGGCGUGAGUUUCGCCCACCCCCUUGCUUACAUUCCUUCAAGAUUCGACAAGCCCUCCUCCACGGUAGACCUCUCUCCUCUUUCCCCUCCCCACCCGCUCCAGCGGCUGCGAGGCCUUCCACUGGAGGUCUCAGUUACAAAGUUGGAGAGCGGGUAGUGAGUCCGAGAAGGACCACGGCGACCAACUGUGUGCCCGGCGGCUGUCCUCUGCUUGGUCCGCACGUGAGCGAUUCCCUAGGGCGCCACCCCUCGUCUCCAUCCCAGGCACGGAUGCGCGACUCCCGCGCACUCGAGGCUCCCUAGCGGCGAAAGGGAGAAUCAGCACAGCGGGUGGAGAGAGGAAGGGUUCGCGGGUGGGAGGAACCCCCCUCGGGAGCCCGGGAAAUCCCGGCUUGCCAACCCCCUCCCCCCCAACUUCGAGGCGCUCUCCGGCAGCGGCGGCGAGGAUGGAGCUGCCUCCCCGGGGCCGGGCGCUGCCGGACUCCUCGCUGGACAGCGCCUCCCUGACCUCGCUGGACUCCAGCGUCUUCUGCAGCGACGGUGAAGGGGAGCCCCUGGCGCUCGGGGACAGCUUCACCGUCAACGUGGGCGGCAGCCGCUUUGUGCUGUCGCAGCAGGCGCUGUCCUGCUUCCCGCACACGCGCCUGGGCAAGCUGGCCGUGGUGGUGGCCUCGUGCCGGCGCCGCGGGGCCCUGGCCGCCGUGCCCAGCCCCCUGGAGCUCUGUGACGACGCCAAUCCUGUGGACAACGAGUACUUCUUCGACCGCAGCUCGCAAGCCUUCCGCUACGUCCUGCACUACUAUCGCACCGGCCGCCUGCACGUCAUGGAGCAGCUGUGCGCGCUCUCCUUCCUCCAGGAGAUCCAGUACUGGGGCAUCGACGAGCUCAGCAUCGACUCCUGCUGCCGGGACAGAUACUUCAGAAGAAAGGAGCUGAGUGAAACGUUAGACUUUAAGAAGGACACAGAAGACCAGGAGAGUCAGCAUGAGAGUGAACAGGACUUCUCCCAGGGCCGUUGCCCCACCAUCCGCCAGAAGCUCUGGAACAUCCUGGAGAAGCCUGGGUCAUGCACAGCGGCCCGAAUCUUUGGGGUCAUCUCCAUCAUCUUUGUGGCGGUGUCCAUCGUCAACAUGGCCCUGAUGUCAGCAGAGUUAAGCUGGCUGGACCCGCAGCUGCUGGAAAUCCUGGAGUAUGUGUGCAUCAGUUGGUUCACGGGGGAGUUUGUCCUGCGCUUCCUGUGCGUGAGGGACAGGUGCCGCUUCUUGAGGAAGGUGCCGAACAUCAUAGACCUCCUUGCCAUCUUGCCCUUCUACAUCACUCUCCUGGUAGAGAGCCUGAGUGGGAGCCAGACUACGCAGGAGCUGGAAAACGUGGGGCGCAUCGUCCAGGUUUUGAGGCUGCUCAGGGCUCUGCGCAUGCUCAAACUGGGCAGGCAUUCCACAGGCUUACGCUCCCUUGGAAUGACAAUCACCCAGUGUUACGAAGAAGUUGGCCUGCUGCUCCUGUUUCUAUCUGUGGGAAUCUCUAUAUUUUCAACUGUGGAAUAUUUUGCUGAGCAGAGCAUCCCCGACACAACCUUCACAAGUGUCCCUUGUGCCUGGUGGUGGGCCACAACGUCCAUGACCACCGUGGGAUAUGGAGACAUCAGACCAGACACUACCACGGGCAAGAUUGUGGCCUUCAUGUGUAUCUUAUCGGGAAUCCUUGUCUUGGCCUUGCCCAUUGCUAUUAUUAACGACCGCUUCUCCGCUUGCUACUUCACCUUGAAGCUCAAGGAAGCAGCUGUGAGACAGCGUGAGGCUCUGAAGAAACUUACCAAGAACAUAGCCACUGACUCAUAUAUCAGUGUGAACUUGAGAGAUGUCUACGCCCGGAGUAUCAUGGAGAUGCUUCGACUGAAAGGCAGAGAAAGGGCAAGCACCAGGAGCAGUGGAGGGGAUGAUUUCUGGUUUUGAAUUCACUUGCAGUUCACUCACAAAACUUGUGUAAAACCAACUUGAUUGAUAAAGCCUUGAUAUGGAUGUCUGUACACUGCCGCUGAAUCUAUUUUGAGUCCUGCCUGUGUUCAUUUUAGUUGACUCAUUGCUUGGUCCUCUAGAAUAGUCCACAUCCCCCCAAAACAACAGCACAUUGUUCUGACACACUUGAGUCUCAAAAAUAGCCAUUUAACACAACCCAAGGCAACAAGGCCAAUCGACACAUGUUGGAGUUGUCAAAUAUAAAAUAAUAGUGCAAUGCAUACAAGAACGUUAAACGUUUUCCUAUCACUAAUUUUUAGUCUUUUGCACCUCUAAUUUUAAAGGAUGGACAUUAAACGGCAUAGCCCAGAGCAAAGAUAAGUGAACAUUGAAGAUCAUGGUGGACAAUUUUGCUAUAAAAAGAUACUCUCCAAGUAAGUAAAUCACUCCUUUCUUGAACAGUUAAAGCUGCUGAAUAUAACAAUUAGCUUUUCGAGAGAAAAUCCUGAUUUGAUGAUCAUAGACUGAGUGCCCGUCUUUCCUCUGGUGCAGACAUUGGUCCCAAACGGAGUGAGCUCUGUGUUCCAUCAUUAGUUUUGAAGGUAGAACCCAAACACUCUAGGCUGUGGGAAAAGAGUGCUAACUAAAGGCUUUGAGAAUUGCACUUCCUCAUCAUUCCCAUGGAGUGCAUAUGUGGAGCAUAAAGGCAAUAUCUCUUUAUACUCCAUGGAAACUAGAUGGUCUUUAAAUAUCUCAUUAUUGACUCAGUGUUCAAGUUAUGUCUUUAAAAUGGUGACUUUGUAAGUAAAGAUGAAGUGGUGAGGAUCUUAAAUGUAUAUACACUGAAAUUAUUAAAUCAUCUUAUUUCAUAAUAUGAGAAUGUUAUGUUGAAUGAUACCAUUGGAUGAAUUUGACAAGCUUUUAAUUGUUAACAAAAAGUAUUGUGCAUAGCUUUCUGACCAUUGGGGUAAAUAGCAAAUGUUCCAACUUUACAUGCAUUUUGACAGUAUUUCAGGAUAAAAUAAAAUUCCUAGUCAGUUUGUUAUAUAAUUAAAGCCAACAGUUCUAAACCUGGGAAUUAGUUUAUGAUUUCCAAUGUUCUUAUAAAUGAGAUUUCAAAAACUAAGAAUAAUAUAGAGUAUUAUUUUCAUACCUGCAAUCUCAAUGAAUAUAAUAGUGUCCCCAAGGGGACAAAAAUUGUUUCUUGGAGGGGGACAAAAAAAAUCCUACUGUUUUUAUUCACACAACACAUAUAUCCAUGCAAUACACAAAAAAGAUUAUAGUGUAUAUCUUUGGUAUUAAUAUUCCAUGGGCUGGGAAAUUUUUAAAAAUGCCUAACAGGUCCUUUCUAGGAUUCAGUUAUGGUAAGAAAUAAACACUGAGAAAGACAAAUUUAACAUAUGUCUGUAUAAUAUGUCAUUAAAUCUAUUUAAGGAUACCUUAUUAUAUUAUUAACUACAGACAGAGAGAAAGAGAGAAAAGACAGGAAAAAGAACAAAAGAAAGUCCAAUUAAUUGUAAGAUACCACUGAUUGCAAAAUGUAUCCAGAUUUUGGAUAUGUAAAAAUUUUAAAAUACACAUCUUAAAAUCAAUGAAAUAUCAUAUACAGUACCUCUAGUUUCUGAUAUGCAUGCUUAAGCUCUAAAAACCUUGUCAUUGAUGGCAUGAAUUUUAAAUUGUAAGCUAAAAUACUUUAAUCCAUUUGGCUUGUUUCCACUUCUCCCAAAUAUUAUGAAAUAUUUAAGAGAUAUAUGAGUAGUAAUAAAAUAAAUAUUUUCCCUCUUACACAAUUCCCAGGUGCUAGAGCAUACCGCAGGGCCACUUGUCCUAAUAUAUAUGCCACCCACAAUCUGAAGGGGAAAUAGACACAGAAGCAAACUCAUCCUGGCUUAUUCUAGAACUCUCCCCAAGAAGAGAUCCAGGCUGUGCUCUGUACUCAUCAUGUAUUCUGUCACUGUAUUUUCAAGGUACUCCUAUUAUAUAAUUACUAUUGCUUAACUCUUCUAAUUUAUAAUUUAUAUAUUUAUCCACCCAACAAAUAUUGAUUCAGGAUCCAUUUAUGUGCUGGGACUUGAGAUUCUUUGUUAAACCAGAUCAAGUCCUAUUCUCUUGCAUUGAAUAUUCUAUUCAAGACUGUGAGGGGAACACAGAUGAAAGCGCAAAGCCGAAGCACAAAAAGAUGAAGGGGCCUACCCAAAUUCACACAGCCCAUGGAGAGUGCCAGAACCAGGAAUGAGUUCCUGCUGGUCCCUGAAAAUGGUACUCCUUGAAGGUAGAUGACAGAUUUCAUUAUUCCCAUAUACACUGCGCCCAGGAACACGCUUCAGGGGCAAGUAAGCCAAUGUCUUAAGGCUAGAGAGAGUCAAUAUGCCUUCAGAAAAAUAUCAGCUUAUUCUCAAAGGUGGCAUGGUACAUCUAAGGAACAGCUGUCACACCAUGUAGCCACAAUUACACAAGAAAAACAUUAUCUUUAGAAUAAUUAAUAACUAGAAAAUGAAAAAGUGCAUUACAUGUCUACUUUUCCUACUGCAGAAAAUGCUAAUAUGUUCUCCAGAAAUAUGGUGUGUGAGCUGUAUAAAUUUUGUUGAGAUGUGGACAUUUCAAAAGAAAUUUUAAAAUAUUACUGCUUAGUCAGUUUUGCUGUUAUAUAAAAUAUUGGUGUAUCUAUUCAAUAAAUUGUACACAUAAGCAAACCAAAUUUAAGUAACAAAUCAAGCCAAGAACUGUAAUUUUAUAUUCUAAUAUUUUUAAAAUUUGAUAUUUGUCAAAAGUCUAAGAAUAAUUGCUAUAGAACAAUAUUUAAUUUGUUUGGACAUAUAAAUAAUUUGGCUAUAGGCUAUUUAAAGAGCACUAGUUAAAAACAGGAGAAGGAGAUGGCAACCCACUCCAGUAUUCUUGCCUGGAGAAUCCCAUGGACGGAGGAGCCUGGUAGGCUGCAGUCCAUGGGGUCGCUAAGAGUCGGACACGACUGAAGUGACUUUGCAGCAGCAGCAGUUAGAAACAUUUGAGUGCAUAGAAGUAAUGUUUGACUACCUAAAGGAGCAAUUUUAAUAAAUUACUGAGGUAUGUAUGGUAGAAGUGGCCUCAAGUUCAUGUUUUACUGGGAUUUUUUUUAUAUAUAUUAAUACAAGGAAUAGUUGCAUUUAUCAUUUUAAUGCAAAUUAGUAUAAGGCAUAAUGUAUUAAAUGCACAAAGAAUGUACCUGAGGUAGAAAUCUCAGUGCUGUGUUUCAAUGUGCGAUUUUUGUUCUCAUUAAAAUCAUUUGACUAGUUCUUGCAGAAAAUAUACAUGUUGGCCCAAGUUAUCUGAGUAAAACAUUAUCACUGAGUAAGCUUACUGCUUUGACAAAUAUUUCCACUGAUACAUUCUGUUAACAUGAAAAGCCUGCUCUUUUGAAAUAUGAGCCACUAAUAUCUCUGCCUUAUCGGUCCUUCGGUUCUGUCCAGGAUGCUAUCCUUUGGCAAAUGAUAUGUCUAGUGCUUCCUUUGGUGAUUUUCCUUCGCAAAAGCACCCCCACUCCCAAACCUGUCUCUGAGCCAUGCUGAUAUAUUAAUAAAAAUGUCACUUAAGGAGAAUUUUA